AACCUCUCGGCAACGAAAACCUUAAACCCCUUUCUAGAGCAAGCAGUGUGCGUGAGAUCGAUGAUGGCAUUCAGAAGUCUCCGGAACACUCGGAAUGUUUAUCAAGCAUUGGAGAUUCGAAAAACAUCGCACCUGUUUGGAAACUGGAGGAGCUACUCGAAUGCUGGAAUAGAAGCUCCUGAGAUCAUUAACAAGCGAAACCCUUAUUGCUUCAAGGUCCAACAUUGUCUACCUUCUUUCAUCCAUGGUGGUAAUAAGAUACUUCAUACUGUAAAGGUUGCUGAAUUAUCAAUCUUCUUGAAUGGUUCACGGAAUUUAUCAACACAAGUGAAAGCCCCUGCCCAGGCGCGAAAAAUGGGGGCUUUAAAGGUAUCCAUGCUAAGUCCUGGAAUCAUAUAUGAGCCAUAUGGUCCUCGUGAGCCUAUUUCUUUUUGCCGAAGGUGGUUCACGAGGACUGGAUGGAGAAGAACAAAAGAUGAUAUUUUUCUAGAGCUAAAAAAUGCAUAUGCUAUUGCCAAAUUGAGAAAAUCUGGCUACUCAAAGAAACAAUUCUAUGCUGAAGCUGUGAACUUAUAUAAAGAGAUAAACAUCUUAAUGGCAAAUGGUGACAAGACAACAUUACGGAAAAUGGUUACCGAGCAUAUGUAUUCCGCACUGAAGAGUGAAAUUAAGCAAAGAGAAUCUAGAUGGAGUAAUGUUUACUGGGAACUGAUAGAGCCAGUCAUAAAAAUCCGAACUUUACGCGCUCGAAUGAUUGGAGUGGAUCGUGAUGAUCUGAGUAAAGUAUUUAUACAGCUCACACUUGAAUUUCUCUCCAAACAGAAAUUUGAGGCCUAUGAUUCCAAAGGAAAUGUGGUUGCUGGAAAUAGAGAUAAGGAGGUCCUUGUUCGUGAUAUUUGGGUUUUUGAAAAAUCCCAAUUUCACCCUGGUGCAUAUUGGCGUCUUUGUGGACGAAUUCCUGUAAAACCAGGUAAUUAUGUAAUUGGGUCAUUUGUUGAUUGGUUUCAAGGCCAUGCUACAAAGACAGUUGUUUUAGGUGGCUCGAGCCCACGAACCAUAACGGUUCUUGAAGACGAGCUUGACCGUUAUGGACCACUGGUGCCACCCAAAGUGCAUGGUGUGGGGACACAUGUUGGCUCAUUGUUGGCUAAACCAAAAGUGGUACGGAAAUCGGUGAGUAUUAAGCAUGAAGUGGAGUUCAUUGAGGAUUAUGUAAGAAAUAAUAAGGGAAAGAGGAAGAAAAUUGAGCAAUGGCCUUCAAUGGAGAUUGAAGAGGAUGAUGAAAUUAAGCCAUUGAAGUCCAUUCUAAAGGUGGGUUCCAUUCUAGGCAAAUCUAAUUAG